AAGUGACCAGUCAUGUCGAAUAAUGCUACAUUAUCACUUUCUAACCUGUGAGUCUAAUUGAUCUCCACACAUUCAGGAUCUUCAUCUACGUACCAGCUCAAUUGUCACUUAUAUAAUCCAACCAAAAAAAAGAGAAAUAGAUAACAUAAAAAAGGGAUAAAGUGAAAAAUAAAAUAGUAGUUCAUAUCCCUCUACCAUUUUUAUUUUUGUAAAAAAAAUAUUUGAUUGAAAUUUUAAGAUGUUGGAAGGGAAAGCAAUAAUUGGAGACACAGAUAUGUUGGCAGCUAUGCAACAACAUGCAUUACAUUUAGCUGCAAAAGCACUUGACUUCUUUGAUGUCACUGAGCCUACUGAUAUUGCACGUCUGCUUAAAAAGGAAUUUGAUACUAUGUAUGGACCAGGUUGGCAGUGCAUAGUAGGGACAGACUUUGGUUCAUUUGUAACACAUUGCUACGGCUGUUUCAUCCAUUUCUACAUUGGCAGCCUUGCUAUUUUGCUCUUUAAGGGCUCUGCUGCUCUCGAGGACCCCAAAGCCGAAGCCGAGGCCGACCGAUUUUCUGUGCUGCAGGAAAUAGCGUGAAGUCACUCUCUAUUUUAUACUCGCGACCAGGACCUAUAUACUCCAAUGUAUAAUAUUAGGAAAAUAUGCCAAAAAAAAAGAAGAAAAAAAAAAAUGUACACAUCUGUUUUCUCAUUUCUCUCUUCACAUCUAUGAGUAUAUAUAUAUGUCAAUUCAAUCUUUUUUCCUA